AUGACUACCCAAGAAGCGCGUGGAGCCAGCAUUCGUUUCGCGCUGGGUGUUGGUGACGCCCCUGAGUCGGUUGCAACGCAAUCCGGGCCAGCAGCCGCACCUGAGAGUAGUGCGUCGCCCAAACCGAAACGCCGACGCUCGGAUGGCAACCGAAAACGCACUGACUCGAAUGAGCAGGCUGUGUCCGGAAAGGAUGACACUGCUGCUGGCGCUGGUGCACCGGUGGAAGCAAAAGCUACCCAGAAACGUACAACGACCCCGCGGGGACGAGGCAGAGGUCGCAGGUCGCGUAUAACUGAAACCGGUGAGCUGGAAGGACCUCAAAGCGAGGCUGCGUACCGCAGGCCAAGAGGCCGUGGUGGUCGCACUGCCGGAGCACAGCGGCACGCCCGGGGCGGACGCACCGCAGCCCCUGCACCCGGAAGCGGUUACCGAGCAGAGACCGCCCUCGACAAGGAUUCGGAGGAGCGCGCCCCAGAACAAGGUUCAUUGUCUCAGUUUGUGCUGCUCGGGGAUGAUGCGGAACAAGUCCUGGGCGAUCUCAAACCUGACGCAGCAGAUCUCGAUACCAGCAUGGACUCGGACCUGCUUGAUGGUAUCGACGCGCAAAUCUUUCCGGAAUACAGUGCUAUUCUGAGCAAUCCGCUCGCAAAACCAGAGCGUUCCGAGCACGAGUUCCGGUCGUUCCGGGAGCUGACCAAUGAGCAGUUUGAGAUGCUGACAGAGGCCCAGAAGGAGCGCUAUGUUGAGUUCCGACGCGCCGCCCUACGACCGCAGAACUUGCGACGCUUUGUCAAUGCCCUCGUUGGUGGUGCAAGCGGGUACGCACCGGGUCAUCCGUUCCUCAUUGCGCUACAGGGUCUUGGCAAGAUGUUCGUUGGCGACCUGGUAGAGACCGCGGUCCAGAUCAAGUGCGAAUGGGAUCGAAAUCGGGAAAUCGCCACCCGUGGGGAAGCGGUGCACGCUUCCCCCAAUUGGACCGGAUGGAGCGCUGCUGACUCCGCUCGAACCACGCCAUAUUAG